GUGUCCGGUGUCUUUGUUUGCGGAAAAUUAAAGUUGAUGUUGACUAAUCUUAUAUUUGAAAAUUUAGCAUGUCCGAACGUCGUGGAACGAAGGCACUAGAGCUAUGGUGCCGCCGGAUAGCCGAAGGCUACAAGGAUGUUAAAAUCACGAACAUGAGCACCUCCUGGCGAGACGGUCUAGCAUUCUGCGCCAUCAUUCACAACUUCCGACCAGAUUUGAUCGACUUUGCAAGCCUCAGCAAGGACAACGUGUACUACAACAAUGAACUAGCGUUCACCAUCGCGGAGCAACAUCUCGGCAUACCGUCGCUACUGGAUCCAGCUGAUAUGGUCAAAUACGAGGUGCCGGAUCGAUUCUCAAUUCUCACCUACCUGUCCCAGUACUACCGAGUGUUUAGCAAUCAAGAAUCAGCGUCAAAUAAGAAGGUCGUCGAAAAGGAUACCAAAACCGAUGACCUAACCUCGAAGACAAUGGCAAACAAACCGACAUUUGUUCCCAAACGUGCUUCCUGCAACCGUUGUAGUAAUCCCAUCUUUCUGGCAGAACGCAUCAGUUUCGGUGAAAAGAGCUACCAUCGAUCGUGUUUGAAAUGUGCCCGUUGCGGUACCCAGUUGACGGUGGGCAGCUUUUACGAAACGGAAAUAGACGGUGAAUAUUGCUGUGAAACCUGCCCGGAUGAAGAGAUACAGCUGGAGCAGCGGCGCGAAUCAUCGCCGUCGUCCGAAGGUAGCGGUCGUCCGUCAAUUAUCACCGGUGGUGCCACACAACCGGUGGCAACCGUAACGUUACCGAAGACGGUUCGCAGCAGCAAGCUGCUUGAUCGGAUUUCAUUUUUCGAAUCAGCACCACUGAGUGAUGAAGAGAAAACGUCCAAUUUGGAACGGAAGACAAGGAUGAGCAAUUUCCUGAAGGAAACACUGAAAGAGGUUGAGCAAAACCAAGAUGAACCACCCGAUUUACCAUCAACUGGGCCACCGGUCUCGUUGACAAAUGAGUUAGAUGGAAAAGAGCAGAAUGAUACGGUCGAUUCGGAUGAUGUGGAGGAUGAGUUCGAGAAAUUAGUAAAUGAUCUGGAUGAAGAAGAUUUAGACGAUGGAAUAAACCAACCUCUACACGCUGUUUCGGGCAGUAUAUCACAUGAGGAAAAGCUUGAAGUGCAAACUACAUUGUCUGUUGCCAAGUCGAAUGAUCAAGUACCUCCUAAUGACGUUGAACUAGCGGAAAUUAAGGUAGAUGAAACUUUGGAAACAAAUUUAUCGGUGGAAAAAGAUGAUUCUAUCAACGAUAUUAAAACAUCUGAGUCUCCAGCUGAACAUAAUUUUGAAACGGAAGUGUUGGAGGAUUCAACCACUUUAGAUAAAAUUGAACAUGAAGGCAAAAAUAAUGUCGAAGAAUUAAAAAUUGUUGAGAAGAUACCGACAACCACUGAAUCCAGUGAUUUGAAGUCCGAAGAUCAGAACGAAGUUAUCGAUGACAAGCGAAUCGAAAGCCACCAACCAUCAAUAGAGAUCUCAAAGGAUGAUACUGUGGAGGAAAUUUCCAUCGAGGACGUUAAAGUGAUCGUAGAUACUGAGACACCGUCAUCUGUUGCGGUAUCGGAACCUCCUACACAAGAAUCAAUUGUGCCUAAAGAAAACGAUUGUACUGAUUUGAGAAUAUCUUCCACCGAAGUUACGGAACCGGAAGGCAACGCUAAGCAAAAAUGUAUGGUGCCUAAUGAAAUCGUGGAAAGUACGGUUGAUGAUACUAAAGUGCCUAUGAAUGAAGAGAAGAAAAUACCAUCUGAAGGAACUGAUGUAGCAAGCAAGGUUGUUGAUAUUGUACCAGUAGAAACGAAGCAGGACAAAGCAAAUGAUGAAGAACAGUAUCCAUCUGAUCUUAAUCCAUUUGGAGAUGAUGAGGAUGGAGAAGGAAAUGAAAAAAUAGUAGAGUUGCGUAAAGUUCCAAGCGGAGGCAAACCUGUACCGACCUUGCGACGCGUUAGCACAAAUCCGUUCGGUAGCGACGAAGAGGAGGACGAUGGUCAGCAACAAUCUCCUUCGUCAAAACCACCGAGACCACCGCCACCAAAGGUGAAAUCAGUGGUUGGGAAUGCGUCAACAAAACCCGUCCCAGCGAAUCCUUUCGAUGAGGAUGAGGAUGCCGAUGAUGGACCAACAGACGAACCGGAAAUUGUGCCAGUAUCUAAACCUUCGCCCCGUCGUACACCAGUUCCAACGCCUAGAAAAGCUCAUGCAUAUAACGAUUCUAUCAGUUCGUUUGACAAUUCCUUGAUGUCGAGCAGUCGGUUGAGUAGUUCCAAUGUGUCACUAGCGUCCAGUCUGGAGAGUGGACCUUCUUCGAUGAUAGUUCCGACGCGGCGCAAGAAAGGAAAAGCACCCGAAGUUCCAAUGGCAGCUGUUGGCGUUUCCACACCAUCAGUUACUCAGCAACAGCAAGGUACACCGUCUAGUGCUGACAAAACAUCGAUAGAAAACCUAUCUAUUAGCAGUGGUAGUGGUACCCUGACAACACCGCGCAAGAAACGUCUGGCUCCAGCACCUCCUCCAGUGCCGAACAGUACUUCAACUCCGAAACAAACGUCACUUCAGCCGGGGGGUAGCUUAACUCGAUCACCAAGCCAGCGACUGCUUGCUGUGGACGCGAGCCUGCUAAACAAUAUCGAUCGUGAACCAUCCGAAACGAUGAGCCGUGGUAAUAGUAACGAAUCGGUCGUCUAUCGUCGGACCAUCGUGCCGCUCGUUUUGGACGAUGAUGGACCAGAGUCUCCGGUGCACGAUGGCACCAAUAUCAGUGGGCGACAGUGGGAAAAAAUGAAAGACAACAAAGAGGCACAAAACCGAAACCGUCAAUCGCAAAGUUCUCCUACUAGCGAUGCUAACGGGCAAAAUAGCUUCAGUAGCCCCGGGGGAGGUUUCUCCAUUCUUGCGAAUAAAUCAUCUCAAGGGAAAUGGAAACGGCGCAAAGGUCCGGCACCAGCACUGCCAAUAAUUGCGGCACCAAUACCGGAACGAAAACCUAUCAAAAUGUUACCACUGAAGGAAAUCCAUCAGGAGCUGCAAAUCAUCGAGACGCAGCAGCAGGGUCUGGAAAAGCAGGGCAUUGUACUGGAAAAGAUGAUACGGGAACGGUGCGAAGGGUUUGAGGCGGACAUCGACCUCGAUAUUAGGCUGCAGGCUAACUCGAAGGAGGUUGAAGACUUGAUAAUGCAACUGUUCGAGCUGGUCAAUGAGAAGAAUGAACUGUUUCGACGACAAGCUGAACUAAUGUACUUACGCCGCAUGCACAGACUGGAACAAGAGCAAGCAGAUUUGGAGUACGAAAUCCGAUUGCUGAUGGCACAACCGGAACGAAACAAAACCGACUCGGAUAAGGAAAAGGAGGAAGCAUUAAUAGCUCGCUUAGUUGAGAUUGUCCAGCAGCGAAAUGAAGUUGUCGAGCGUCUGGAGAUGGAUCGUAUACGCGAGGCGGAAGAAGACUUGUCAAUUAAGCAAAGCAUCGAGGAACGUGCGGCAAGCCAACAGUCGAAGCAUGGAAGUAGCAAGAAAGAUUCGUCUGCCAGCUCCACGACACUUCCGCUGACCGACGCCGAAAAGCGCGACUCGUCCACGAAACUCUCGAAAAAAGAAAAGAAGAAGCUCAAAGAAGCCAAGAAGCUGGUAAAAUCGAAAAAAAUUGAUUCGGAAAAGGAUGCGGACGAAACGGAAAGCAGUGCGGUAAAGGAGAAGAAAAAGAAGCGAAAGUUUCUUUUCUAAACGCCAUACCCUC